AUGAAUGAAGAGUUGGGGAAGAGAUCAGGAAUUAGGAGAGAGGAAACAGGGAGCAUCCUCAAGAUGACCGAACUGUCUCAAGUCUACACUGCAACCAGAGAGACACUCGUCUCGAAUAAGAUUACUCACACUGGAGCACAUGCAUUGUCUCUAGAAUGGGUAUUUGGGAAGAAUCCUGCUUCCCCUGCCUUUACUCUCCUGGACCACGACCAGCUGGUGGUCCUCUUUGCUGGAGCUAAUGUUGGGGUCAUCUACAAUCACACAACACACUCCCAGCACACACUCCAGGGUCACUGCUGCCCAAUCUCAUGCAUGUGUGUCAGUGAGGACAGACGCUGGAUCGCAUCAUCAGACCAGGGGCCGAAGAGCACAGUGAUGAUAUGGGACUCCUACUCUGGCAUUCCAGUCCAUACCUUGUUCGAUUGCCACCCCGAGGGAGGUGUCGCUGCGAUGGCAUUUUCAGGAGACACAAAGCUUCUGGUAACUCUCGGGGGUGAGGACGUUCAAUGUGUGUGUAUUUGGGAUUGGACAAAUGCAACUGAUAAGCCUCUGUGGUUUACUCAACUCAAUCCCACCCAUGGUUUCCAAGAUUACAUCAUUUUUAAUCCAAACGAUAGCGCUCAGCUGCUCAGCAACAGUAAAAGCCAGUUGCUGUUGUACAGCAGUGCCAAUGGCAGUCUGCAAUACUUUGCCCUGGAGGUUAAGAAGUAUUUUGCAGACACUCAAACUGUCAGCAAGGCUGCGGGGUCCCUGACCCAGUCUGUGUUUCACUGUAAAAAGUCCCAGAUCCUCACAGCGACGGCGGGCGGCUACCUUGUAGUGUGGGAUCUGAUGGAAGACUUAGCUGCACAUGAAAGUUUCCCCAGACAGAGAAUCAAGUUCAUUCACAUCCAGAAGGAUCCAAUCACUGUCCUCACCGUCAUUGGCAGCUGCAUUGUGACUGGCGACACUCAAGGCCACGUCAAAUUUUAUGAUGAAGGAUCCCUGCAUUGCACACUGAGGUACACUGAAUUCAACCUGGAUGCUAUUCUCUCCAUUUCCUUUUCCAAAGAGUGUGUGGAGGGACACCUGGAGGACAAACCAUUUAUCUUCAGGAACUUUGUUGUGUCAACAGCCAGUUCCACAGUGGUGCAUGUGAAUACACAGACAGGCGUCCCUCAGAUCCUGCUCCAUAAGGAAAGUGAGCCCGUACAUGCAUUGGCCUGCCACCCCAAACAGCCAGCUGUGGCCAUGGGAAAUCAAAGGGGUGUUUUAAAAGUGUGGGACUAUGAAAACAAAGUCAUCAUCGGCAGGAGGGUCUUUGAGACAGAGGAGCAGAUUCAGUGUGUCACGUUUGACUCUCAAGGACGAUACCUGGCAGUCGGCUUCGGCAGUGGAGCGGUUCACAUACUGAAUCCCAGCACUUUACAAAGUGAUCCAGAGGAAAUAUUUCAUUACACUAAAGACGCCAUCCACCACAUCACCUUCUCCUCAGACUCAAAGUACCUUGCCACUGCGGAUGCGGGCAAAGCAGUGACGGUGUUACGCUUGCAGAGUAAUGAUGGCUCUCUGCCUCGUUGGGCGUAUAUGGGCAGGUACCACUCCCACUACAAGCCCAUCAAAGACCUUCUCUUCGGGGUUCAUCUGGACAGCACACAACCCAGACUGCUCUCUCUGGGAAUGGACCGCCGACUGGUGGAGUAUGAUCUGGAAAACAGUGACUUAAAUAAGCUUCUCAUCCUAAGCUCGGAGCGCAUUGAGCAAAGCGCUGUGCCCGUGGGCAUGACUUGGUAUCCUCCUCUUUCGACAGAGCAGUUUCUUCUCGUUGCCUCAGACCAAUACAAGAUGAAGCUUUUCAACAGCACCACCAAGAUGUGCAGAAAGACUCUCCUCGGCCCAACAUACGGCUCUCCCAUUAAGAAGGCAGUAGUCCUCCCCAUGAGUAAAGAACCUGAAGCCAACUCAUACUACAUGGCUUACCUCACAGAGGACAAGGUGGGUCUCCAGAUUAUGCCUCUGGAUGGGAACCCCUUCAAGUCCAAUGCUGUGAUCUGCCAUCCGACAGGGGUGUCCACGUUUGCCUGCUCCUACGACGGCCGAUUUGUUUUCACUGCAGGAACAUCUGACUGCGCUGUCCUGUCGUGGGAGAUAGACUUGAAUGCAUUGGAGGCGGCAGCUUCCUUGGGAGGGAAGGACCUGAUGCCCUUUUACGCUCUUCUCGAAGGAGGCAGAGAUGGGAAAUUCUACAGGGAGAUGGAGGACUUUUUCUAUUACUGCCAAAUUCGUCAUCAAGGCAUUGAUUCAAUGGAGAAACGACAAUUGUCUACCAAAAUCCUCCUGUCAGACGUUCCCUCUCUAAUGAGAGCUUUGGCCUACUUCCCUACAGAGCAAGAGAUAGAAGAUAUGCAUAACGAGGUUAAGUUCAGCACGUAUGCAGAAACAGGAAAAUAUGUGACCGACAUCAACCUGGAGGAGUUUAUCAAGCUGUACGUCAACCAUCGACCGGCUUUAGGCAUCUCUAGCAAUGAGCUUCUUCAAGCUUUUCACAUCCUUGGUCACCGUGAUAAUACAGGAAAGCACGUUUUAAAUAAACAUGCUCUGCUCGAACUUCAACAGACUCGAGGAGAACACAUGACCGAGGAAGAGGUGACAGAGUGUUUCACUACACUGUUAUGCCUCAAUGAAGAGGAGGAAGAAGAAGGAGAAGAAGGAGGACAAGGAGGGGAGCAAUCUGACGGUGGAAAUUUGGGGUAUUUGCUGGAGUCUGUGAUCCCAGAUGAGAUAUCCGUGAAGACAUUUGCAGGUCACAUCUUGGGUUUCCCGUCCUCAGCUGAGCAGUGACUGAGGCCGAUCUUCCCCCAGAGGGAUGAAAGCAAGAAAACUGUGUGUUCGUCCAAGAGAA